UCAGCACAGAGUUUAUAUACUAUAGAGCGGUACACAUAUGAUGUGUACUUGACUGUUCUAUUUUCGUUGAUACAGUGAAAUCACAUGGCGAGUCUUUCUCAUGGACUUUGAUUCAGUAAUCCAUGAUUGAGGGAAAUGGACCCACAGGCCGCCUUUGCUGACGCUGUCGCCCGCGCAAGACAGAUAGCGGCAAAUAUCUAUCAACCUGCUUUAGAUGAAACGAAAAGUGCUGGAACAUCACACAACAGAGCAAUGGGCAAAAAGAGAUUCAGAAAAGUAACGGUACAGGGGAAAAGCAUUUCGCAAGCUGUGGGUGGUAGGCCAAGCGGUACACGAAAUGACAUUCCAUCUGGCUCUGAACCGAAAGACGCUGGCAGAACAAAUGAUUUACAAUAUACAUCGGAUGUCUAUAAGGAAAUUACCUGCACACCGUGUGGAGAAGAUGGUUUGAGGGAAGAAGCAAAUAAAUAUUGUCCUAAAUGUCAAGAAUAUCUUUGUUUAACUUGUGCGAAAUGUCAUCAGCGUAUGAAAGCAACACGAGAGCAUUUACUGACCGAGCUGAAACAAGAGGAUCAAAGUUUUGCUGUUCUAAUUGAGAAGUGUUGGUACCAUCCAGACAGAAAUAUUGAGAUGUAUUGUGGAACUCAUGAUUUGGUGUAUUGUACAAGAUGCAUAGCAACAGAACACAGAUCGUGCAAUGGAGUGACAGAUGUAGAAAAUGCUGCCGAAGACACUUACAGUAUCCGUGAGGUGCAAAAGUUGCAAGACGAAACGAAAGUCAUUUAUGACAAGUUAGUAACAUGUAAUAAGAAGAAGGAGGAUUAUCUAAUAGCUGCAGAGGACCAGUACUCUGAUAUAACAGGUAAAAUUAAAGAAGUCAAAAGAAAAAUGACACAUCAUUUAGAAAAGUUGGAAAGGAAAGCAAUCGAUGCCCUGAAAAAGACUAAAGCAGAAAUAAGACAGGAGGUUGAGAUUGAUAUGUCAGAUAUACGCACAAUGAUCGGGAAGGUAGAAGAGAGAAGUCAGAAAAUGGAAAGGGCAGUUCAAAUGGAUAAUGUUCAAACGUUUGUUCAAGUUAAAUUGAGCCAAGAAGUAGCUAACAUUGCCAGGAAGUUACAUGAAGAAAAUGAAUCAAAAUGUCAGAAAGUGAUUUCUUUCACCGAAAAUGAGCAAAUCAGCAAAGAUUUUAUGAAAACGCAGUAUCUUUGUGAAAUUAACACAUUUGAACAAUAAAAACUGUACUGCUAUUUCUGUUGGAGCCUAAGCUCCCAUUCAAACUAUGCUUUACGUAAGGGAAACAUAUUGCGUUGAAAUCAGCCGUUUUGUUAUUUGUAGAUUUCAGAAAGAAAAUAAACAAUUAUUGUGAUGUUUUCAUCCAUUUAUUUCUUUGUAAAGUUAACAAAGAGAUGGAUCACAUAUUAAGCUCAUAUCGUCCAUUUUGAUCUUUGAAAGAUUCGCAAAGGUAAAGAUGAAUGAAUAUAAACAAAGAAAACAACUAUUUUGAUGUUACGUGUAUAUGUUUAUUAUGAAAUGCAUAACUUCCGCUUAUAACUACACAAAGAUAAAUCGACAAUACGAAACAAUAGGAAAAACAUAGGAACAAAUACCUUGUCUUUAAGAUAGGUCAGAUGCGGAGUGUUUACUUCUUUCGUAGACGUACACUUACAUUUCAACAUUCUUUCUUGCAAAAUGUAAAAUCUCCACAGGCACCCCUUCUUAAAGUUUAGUAGCCAUACUAAAUUAAUUAUUCGUGCAAAGUAACUACACUUAAUACCUUAUAUCGAGUUGACAUCAUUGUAGAAAACAGACCAGUAGUGGUAUGCUGGUUACAAUACCCCAUUCAAUCAUGAAAGCUAGACAACCAAACUCUUGUCGUAAAAUUCACAAAACGUAUUAGUGUUUCACUUUGAAUAUAAGUAACAGUUAAAUUAUAAAUAUAAAAUGUA